UUGAAAGAUGAAAUUGUGAUGGAUCUAUCAAAAUUUUAGUUGAUAUAUUUUUGUAAAAAAUAGUGAUAAUAAACCAAAAAAAAUCAGAAAUGUAAAAUCGUUAGUGUAUAUUUUAUGUUGGCCCGCUUAUCACCGGCCGAGAAAAUUUGCCAGUAAACUCCACCAUGGAUCCAGAAGACGAAAUCGAGCUACAAUAUAAGGUACCUGAUGAUUUUCCCAAAAUACACACAAAAUGCAACAGCAACCGUCCACACACCAGUCCACAUGUAUCAACAGAAACCACAAUUCCGUCUACAUCUGGCCUUCAAACCGCAGAAAACGCAGAUAGCAUGAGAAAGAAUGACGAGGCCCCAAGCAACCAGAAAGAGAAGGAAAAUGAAGGGUCCAUAUCCGACUGGGUUUCCGGCGGGCCGGUCGGCUCCAAGGGCGCCGUCCUGAUAUUCAGAUCGUGCGUCCUAGCAUCCAGGACACCCUCGAUGGAAUCGACGACCAAAACAGUAGGCAAUAAUACGGGGACAACAAUUUUAUUGAAUAAGGCGAAGAACAUGGCGAAGAGGCUGGUCGCCGAGCCGCAUUCCUUCAGCGUGCGGCCGAAGACGAUCAUGCAUGACGUUAUGGAGACGUUCGGGAACCACACCAAGUUUACUGGGCAGGCGUACGUCGUUCGGCACGUCAGUGAGGCGGAGAUACCAGAGACGGUGUCGGUGGAAGAGCAGGGCCACGAACACAAGAGGGACAUUGAAGACGUGCUCAAUGAUCUCAGUAAAAUUACGCUGAAGAAACAUUUGAAUAUAGAGAACACGACCGCUAAUAUAAAACCCCCAGAAGAACCUCCGCCAGUUGUUAAAGAGAUUAAAGAAGAAAAGAAGGGUAAAAAGAACAAAGGGAAAAGUAAAAAGAAUAAAAUACAAAGGACGAUAUCGCCCGGCAACGACAGCGACGACUCUGAACAUUCUCUAGUCAAAGUUGAUAGUGUUAAGGUAUUAGAAAGCUGUCACAUGCCGGCCUGGAUACUCCGGCUCACGUACAAGCUAGUGAACACGGAGACAAAGCUCCUCCACCGCUUGCUGCAAGCGCACGGGCUUCAAGAGGCCUGCUCCGAGUCGAAGGACUUCAACCUUCUGUGGGCGGGGCUGCAUCCGAAGCCCGAUGUGCUGAGGUCCCUGUCUCCGUAUCAACGGGUUAAUCACUUUCCGAGAUCAUACGAACUCACGCGCAAGGACAAACUGUUCAAGAACAUAGAGAAGAUGCAGUACUUCCGCGGUCUCAAGCACUUCGACUUCAUCCCCACCACGUUCCUGAUGCCCGGCGAGUACAAGGAACUAUGUACCACGCAUUAUCGUACCAAGGGGCCGUGGAUUGUGAAACCGGCCGCUUCUAGCAGAGGCCGCGGGAUUUAUAUUGUCAACACGCCAGAACAAAUACCAAAAGGCGAGAACGUAGUAGUAGCUAAAUACAUAGACAAGCCGCUCCUCAUUGGCGGACACAAGUGCGAUCUGCGCUUGUACGUGUGCGUGACGUCAAUAGACCCUUUACUGAUAUAUUUGUAUGAAGAAGGACUGGUUAGAUUUGCUACUGUGAAGUAUGAUAAAACGAACAAGAACUUGUGGAACCCGUGCAUGCAUCUGUGUAAUUACAGCAUAAAUAAAUACCACACAGAUUAUAUCAAAUGUGACGACCCGAACGCCGGUAACAUCGGGCACAAAUGGACGCUCUCAGCACUAUUACGUCACUUGCGUAAACAGGGACGUAACACAGCGGCUCUGAUGGCGGCCAUUGAAGACCUAGUUGUCAAGUCGAUAUUGUCCUCAGCGCAGACUAUAACGGCGGCUGCGAGGGUGUUUGUGCCUAAUUUGUUUAAUUGCUUCGAGCUAUUUGGCUAUGACAUACUGGUGGACGAUAUGUUGAAACCGUGGCUAUUGGAAAUCAAUUUAUCUCCUAGCUUAGCGUGCGAGAGUCCUCUAGACGCUCGUGUGAAAUCAGCUCUAUUAGCGGACACGCUCACGCUAGUGGGUCUGCCCGCCGUGCCCAUGUCGCGGGCUGAUACCGCGCCGCAGUCGCUCAAGAUGCGGAUCGGAGCGUGCCGGCGCGUGCAUUCAGCGGAGAACGUCAACGUGCGUGGCAAGAAUCCUACCACUCAGGGGCAAGCGGGGCAGACCCAGGGGCAGACUCUGGGCAAUUCUCUAACGGGUGAAGAGCUGCGAAUCGUGCGCGCGGUGCGGGCGCAGUACGCGCGCCGCGGUGGCUUCGUGCGCAUCUUCCCCAGCCAGAACUCGUGGCAGAAGUACUCGCAGUACCUGGACCCCGUAUCGGGCAUCCCGGUGUGCUCCACGUCACUGAACAACAACGUGCCGUACACGGUGGUGCAGCACAACUACAACCUGCUGGUGCACUCGCACGUGUUGCCGCACUUCCAGCACGCGGCCGCCGCUACUAGCCUCACUGAUACACCGCAGAGGUUAAAGCGCUACGAAGCAGCGUGCAUAGCGGGCGCAGCGCCAGCCGUCCAGAUCUCAACACCAGCGGACACUACUACACCGCCACGGGAUGCGAGACGCGCUAAAGAACUAAUUAAACGACAGAUCAACGAUGGAAUGAAGCUCACCAUGGGUGAAGGCAGGCGCGCGUUCGGGCUGUACCUCACGCACGUGCUGAAGCGCAUCUCGUCGCCUAGCAACGAGCUGGGCGCGCAGCACGCGGCGCUCGUGCUGCGCUUCCUGCGGCGCGCGUCCGCCUCGCUGCGCAUGCCGUACAAUGUAAAGGGCCCGUCCGCGAAGAUGUGCGACAAGGACCGGUGCGCUAUCAUCGCGAAGCAGCUCAACGACUUCCUCUACAUGUACUACAGAGAGACGGAUCUGUACACGGACAGCGCGGAUCGAGACGGAUGCGUCUCGAAUAUACAUUUUGCGCACUUUUUGUACGCGGCCAGCGAGGCGGACCUGGAGGACGUGUUGCUGCAGGUGCUGCGCUCGGAGCGCUGGGUGGCGACGUUCCUCGGCGACACGCGCAGCGCGCUGUGCGUCGACGCGCCGCCCGCCGCCCUCGCGCGCUGCUCCCGCCACACGCUGCUGCGGCACCUCGCCGCGCUGGCGCCGCUCCACUGCCGCAAGUACAGGCCCACACCAGACAUGAGCCAAUCAGAAUCAAGCGCAGCAGCAGAGUCAGAAAGCCCCCCACCUCCCCCCUACACGACAUCCGAUAUUGUACUAAAGGACUCCCUCAAGGAGGAGAAACCGCAUAACGUCGCUAUCAAAUAUGCGAAAUCAUAGACCAUAGACAACAUAUGUUUGUCUAUAGAACAGUCUACCCGAACAGACCAUAGACAAGAUUUAAUGGUCUAUAGAGCAGUGUUGCUAUAUUCAAAAAUAUGGGGGUGGAUAAAAAUAUAGUUGACAAUGUGGAGCCAUGAUUGCUUAUAACAAACAGAUUUGGGGUGCAAUUAUUUGGUAGCUGUUUAAAAAUACCCAGUACAUUUUAAUUGAUUUAAAAAUAUAUAUUUUAUAGCUGAUAGUUUCGUACAAUGAAAAAAUUGACAUAUUCAAUCGCUAUAAUCAUGGCUCCACUUUGUGAAUUGUAUUAAAAAAUUAAUUAUAAAAAAAUAUCAAUGAACA